AUGCUAUCCAUUAAAACGGCCAUUUUUUUGGCGAUUGUCGCCUGCGGGUUUGCAACUGAGUUGACUUGGGAGCAGAGAACGAGGUGCGUUUUUGAAUGCAACCCCAUUCAUCAAGGAGGUUGUGGGAGGGUAGUGGAUCGCGACAAGAAUGGGGGAGAAACCCAAUGGCGAUACACAUGGGCAUUCGAAACCGAGGGUCAUCCCAACUUGUACAAUUGCUACGAUACCGAUAGCGAGUUCAACAUUUGCCCUGAGCCCGGCAGACUUGUAAUCCCCCCCGGUGAAACAGACAUGUUCGUCACCGACCCUCAUACCCAUCAAGUCAACAAGAGGAUGAAGGAAGCAUCCCUUGACUCCCCCACAUCUCAGCAAGAGUUCCCCAUCCACAUGACCAGCAAUAUUGAUGAUAGCGAUAUUCUUCUUGAACGAAACACAUGUAACACAAUGCACUGCAUGAACUCACCCCGGACGGGCCUGUCCGAUAAGAGCCUGGACAAGCCUAUCCGAGCAGAUGUCGGACAUGGCUGUCCGACGAGUCCACCUGGUUUUCCUUGGUUGUCGUUAGUGGUAGGAGCUGGAUAUCAAAUCAAGCCGAAAGGAGUAGUUGCUUAUCUUGCAGGCUAA